UACAGGCCCCCUCCUCUUUCUCUUCGUCACUUUUCCUCUCUCCCCAAACCGUCUCAACCUGCAACUAGUCUCAACCUGCAACCAAGAGCGACUCGCGACCAUGGAGAACCCAUCUCCAGCCACUACGAUCAUGACGGACUACCAUCAUCGCGUCUCAAUGGUUCAGGAUCUAAUCAAUAUCUAUUUGAGUUUUAUUGAAAUUUCAAGCCUUGGUCAAGAUACACAGGUAUUUUUCUCUUCUUUUUUUUUUUUUUGGGCUAUGGCAUUUUUCUUCACCGGAAUACUCACUUCUCAAUUUGAAGCCACAAAUGACUCUUUGAAAGACUGUUGGGCUAACUACUUUUUGGUAGCUAGCUACAAUUAUUCAACUCUUGCAUCAAGGAUGAAGGUGAUGAACUUAGAAACUACAAAUUAAUGAAAAGAGGAGAAGUCAAAAAGAAGAUGCCCAGAAGAGUUGCAUUGAGUAAGCUAUUCUCUUGUACUGAUGGCUCCAUCAACUUCUUCUAUUACUAUCCUAAUAGCAGGGACGGUGUUCUAAUGGAGUAUCGUGCAGGAUGUUGGUUAUUGACUAUGAAGAUCGAAGUUGGAUUUUGGUUGCGGACGUGCUUGAAUUUUUUUGUUAUCCGUUUGCAUGUUGAAGUUAAGUGUCUACGGGGUUUGGAUACAUUUUGUUAUUGAGCUUCCAUUCCCCCCCCCCCCCCCCCCCCCGUGGUGAACGUGUUGUUAUUUUGCACUCUAAGAAUUUGGAUACAAGUUGUUUUUUAACUAUUUGGUGGACACCUCUCUAUUUAUGAAAGUUUGUAUUUAUUUCUUGAA